CACGUCAGAUAUUAGAAAAAAUGGAAAAAAAAGGGGAAAAUCAAGAAGGAAAGCCGCUUCAAUUCCGCAUCGUUAAAGGGAGCGUUGUUCUUUUCUUUUCUCCUGCUGUUUUCAUUUCUCUCUCUCGCUCGCUCGCUCGCUCGCUCGCUCCAAAGAGUUGGUUUUUUUCCAAUCGAGAAAGAAUGGAAAAUUUGAAGGACGCCGGGAUCCGUGUUUCUCGGUCGCAGCGACGAAUGCAAUUCGCUACGUCUUCUUCAUAUUCUCUUCGCGCCUAAUCUCCCUCCGUCCUCUGCUAUCCACGGAUUUCUCUUCAUCUUCAUUCCCUUCUCUUCACACUGCUUUUAUAAUGGAAUUCAUGGAGAAUUAGAGGCAUUGCAUUAGGAGGACGACUUUUAGCUACUGGUGUGGUUUUUGGAUUUGGAAAUAUUUUAACAAUGUCCUCGAAAGGUGAACAUCAAACAGUGCCGCUGUCGGUUUUACUAAAACGAGAAUCGGAAAGCGAAAAGAUCGAAAAUCCAGAGAUUUUACACGGACAAGCGAGCCAGAGCAAGAAAGGUGAAGACUUUACGUUGCUUAAAACUGAAUGCCAAAGAGCAAUGGGAGAUGGCGUCGCCACAUUCUCAGUUUUCGGGCUCUUUGACGGACACAACGGGUCUGCUGCUGCUAUUUACACUAAAGAGAAUCUCCUUAAUAAUGUCCUAAGUGCUAUUCCUGCGGAUCUUAAUAGAGAUGAAUGGGUUGCUGCGCUGCCGAGGGCUCUGGUUGCAGGCUUUGUCAAAACAGAUAAAGAUUUUCAAGCGAAAGCAAAAACAUCGGGAACUACUGUGACCUUUGUGAUAAUAGAUGGAUGGGUUGUAACAGUUGCAUCUGUUGGUGAUUCCCGUUGUAUAUUUGAAUCGGGUGAAGGUGGAAUAUAUUACUUGUCAGCUGAUCAUAGGCUUGAAUGCAAUGAAGAGGAGAGGGAGCGGAUCACUUCAAGUGGUGGUGAGGUUGGUCGGUUAAAUACUGGUGGUGGUACACAGAUUGGUCCUUUGAGAUGUUGGCCCGGAGGCUUGUGUCUGUCACGUUCUAUUGGUGAUAUGGAUGUUGGGGAGUACAUUGUUCCUGUUCCAUAUGUAAAACAAGUAAAGUUGUCUACAGCUGGUGGUCGGUUAAUCAUCUCUAGUGAUGGUGUUUGGGAUGUGUUAUCCGCUGAAGUAGCUCUUGAUUGCUGUCGAGGGAUGUCACCAGAUGCUGCAGCUGCACAGAUUGUGAAAGAAGCUGUACAUACAAAGGGUCUUCGAGAUGAUACAACCUGCAUUGUUGUUGAUAUCUUACCACUAGAGAAGCCAUCUGCUCCUUUGCCACCACCAAAGAAGGCUGUAAAAGGUAAGUUGAAGGCCAUGUUUCGUAAGAAGCAUUCUGAGGCAUCUUCUCAGUCUGAUAAAGAAUACAUGGAGCCAGAUGUGGUGGAAGAACUAUUUGAGGAGGGAUCUGCUAUGCUUUCAGAAAGGUUUGCUACAAAAUAUCCACUGUGCAACAUGUUUAAGCUGUUCACAUGUGCAGUCUGUCAAUUAGAGAUGAAACCUGGAGAGGGUAUUUCAAUUCAUGCUGGGACAUCUAAUUCAGUAAAGUUGCGUCCAUGGGAUGGUCCUUUCCUUUGCUCCACUUGCCAGGAGAAGAAAGAAGCCAUGGAAGGGAAAAGACCAUCAGGAAGUAGACAUGGUAGUGACAGCGAUUAGCUAGACCCCCCAAAUUACUGCAGCAUUUUAUGGGCACUAACAAUUGUUUCAGAGGUGGUCGUAAAUGGGAAAGAUAUCACAAUCAUAUACUAUAGUAAUUUCCUUCAAUUUCUUUUUGGGGGGGUCAUGGAGCAUUCUGGUCCACUUUCAACUGAGGGUUCAUUUCCAUCUAUACUCACAAGCCAGAAGAACAAAGUUCAGAUAUGGGUUUAGAUUUUUGUUUUCUGGGUUCCAAGUAAGAAGACUUGUGUUUAAGUCGAGUGAAAAUGGAAAAAGAAAAAAAAAAUUUAAAAAAAGAGACAAGAUAUGCUUCAUAGGUUAUUCCAUUUUUCCAUCGAUGUCCAUGCCAUUGUAUACCAGUCGCUCCAAUUCAUAAAACUAACAUUAAAUGAUAGUGGACUUGGAAGUGUAAUGCUUAUAAUAUAUAGGGAAUUUGUCAGAAGUUAGGAAAAGCUUUGCAUGAUUAGUUUGCUGAAUGAAAUUUGUUCAUGGUGUUAUUUGUUCCUUCCUUCGACAAGUGGGAAGUUAAAUCUUUGGAAUGGAAAAUUUAUCAAUUCUAUUAUUUCUUAAGAAAUGUAAUGUAAUGUAAUGCAAUGCAUUGUAUUAUUUAUUUAUUUCAAUAUUAUUUUCUACUGUUUUGAUAAA